AUGUCGAUUUCUCACCUCGUGCUACCACCGUCGAACAACCAUGUCACCGUACGUAUGGUCGAUACCACGGCGCUCCUGGCUGUGCCGACAGGCUGGCUCGCUGAGCCCGUCCAAGCGGGCCACAAUGCCCUCAAUCUGCCCUGUGUCGCUUUCAUGAUCGAACACGAACUUUCUGGGAAGAAAGUCAUGUUCGACUUCGGUUGUCGGGUCGACUAUUGGAACUACCCAGACAUCGUACUGAAGACCGUCUGGAAACUGAAAGGUCUCAAGGUUGAGAAAGCCACCAGCGAUGUCCUAAAGGAUUGUGGAGUGUCUUUGGAUUCAAUUUCAUCGGUAAUCUGGUCUCACUACCAUUGGGACCACACGGGGGAUAUGUCGUUGUUGCCGCCAUCAACCGAAGUGGUUGUCGGGCCUGGUUUCAAAUCUUCGCCAGCAUUGCUCCCUGGCUUCCCUAAGAAUACGCAUUCGCCAGUCUGCGCAAGCGAUUUUGAAGGUCGUACCUUGAGAGAGAUUGAUUUCAGCGAUACGGGCCUCCAUAUCGGAGGUUUCUCCGCUUAUGACUUUUUUGGCGAUGGCUCUUUUUAUCUUCUUGACACGCCGGGACAUUGCCUGGGCCACAUAUGUGGACUUGCUCGGACGACAGCGGGCCCAGACAGCACUUUCCUGCUUCUUGGAGGUGACAUCUGCCAUUUCAUCGGGCAAAUACGACCUACGGUGGCCACUCCAUUCCCGGAUGAAAUCCCCGCGACCGCCUUAGACUCAUCAGAUCCUCCAUACUUCCCCAUCCCGUGUCCUUGCAGUUUGUUCUCCGAUAAUCAUCCGAUUGUCCCCAGCUCUGAUUCUCGGGACGACAACAAAAGAAGAACAACUCCAUUCUACAGAGUCGCCCAGGGCGAGCAGUCUCAAUACGAAAACCCGCCGAUGGCUCAGCACUCGGUGGACAAACUCGUUGAAUUCGACAGCUCGCCUUCCGUAUUCGUGUGCAUUGCUCAUGAUCCCGGUCUGCUCAAGCAUCUUCCGACGCUCAACGCGGAUCGGAACCUCUCCUUGAAUAACUGGAAAGUCGAGGGAUGGAAGGAGGCAUGUCGAUGGGACUGGCUUAAUGAGCUGCCGCGCAAUGGGAGACCGGGGCGAAAGUCUGUAGUGGAAGGAUUCUGGCGCGAGGGGAAGCCGUGGGAGGACGGGCCGCAAGAGUUGCGUAAAAAGGGAGAGCGAGCGACGUGA